AUGCAAGCACGCCGCACACUGCGACGAGAAAGUUCAGAAAUAUUUUAUACAGUAAAAUUUUGUAAAAAAAAAGCAACUUCCUAUAAUUUUCCAAUUACAACCGAAGAUUUAUGAUGUAUUUUCAAGUUUAAGAAUUUUGAAAAAAACUUCACAAGUCAAAGCUUUCAGCCGCUCUCACAUUCACGCUUCUCGGCGACUUGGUGGAGAAAAUUGGAAGAAACAUAAUUCUAAUAAUCGGAACCGCAAUUCACUUGUUCUGUUUUGCUUUCAUAUAUUUUCUUUUACCGGCGGAUGCUCCUCUGGGUUCAACUUCGAGUUCAGACACUUUCAUCACUCCCAGGUUUUUUUUGCCACGAUUUAACACAGUUAUUGAUAGUUUUCAGCGUCGUUUUCGUUGUUGGAAUCGGCUUCUUGUUGGGAGUUGUCCACGUAGUUUGGUUCCAACAGAUCACAGCCUUGAUUUGUAACGCUUAUCCACAUCAGGAGACUGAAGCUUUUGCUCUGAGCCGCUUUAUGCAGGUGAUUUUUGAGAGUUGAGUUACUCCGCCUUGUAGAGCUUAACUGUUAAGCCUUAACAUGUUGAAAGGUCUACUUGAAACUCCCCAGGUUAAAAAAAAAAUUUAAAAAAUCAAUCUAAAGACUUUUUAUUUCUUUUCUCUCAUUUUCUCUCGGUUUUCUUUUCUUGCGCAACUCUCAUAUCACUCAGCGACGCCAAAGCUUUCGAUUUUGAUCGAUUUUUUAAUUUUUGGACAUGAAAUUUUGUCUUGGUGAAAAAACAUAUUGAGUUAAGCAGCUUUAUGCUUUGGCCAUCCUGGCGCAACGAUGAAAAUUUCCCCGUUUUUCUUAAAAAUAAUGAAUUUCGUAGAUUUUCAAGUUAAUUUUCGUUGACGAAAAGUUCUAAAAAUGACAUUGAUAGCUCGAAACUCAUAUUUUACUACAUUUAAGUUCAGGCAGCAAUGACGUGUGGUGUUAUUUCUUACGCGUCGCUUGUGACGCUACCGUAUCAGAUGACGAUCGCCGCCGUCUUCAGCGUUGCCGCCUGUUUCUCCUACAUUUUGUCCGCAAAGAACCAAAGACAAAAAGUCGGACAAACAUCAAUCUUCUCCCACUAA